AUGCGCGCCCGCACAGCUUGGCAGCAGCUGCUGCUCCUCGAGACGUUUGCGAUGGCAUUCGUAUCGACGAGAACACGAUGCCUCAUGUAUCUGACCGGUCAGCACAACGUCGUGCCCGCAGACCCGGACCUCAUCGCCGACAUCUCUCAUGUCUUGUUGGCCUUUAUGAACUCUGCCGUCUUCAAUGUGGACCAGACGCCCACCGACUGGCCCCUCUUCACCAACGUCGACGAGGUCCGCCAAAAGUUCCCGCAAGGCACCAAGGUCAUGGUCGCCAUCGGAGGAUGGGGCGAUUCAAAGGGCUUCGAGGAAGCGGCCAAGGAUGAAGCGUCGAGAGCCCGCUGGGCCCGCCAGGUUGCUGCCAUGAUUCGCCAUACCGGAGCCGAUGGUGUAGACAUUGACUGGGAGUAUCCAGGGGGCAACCGAAACGACUACAAGAUUAUCCCAAACGAGAAAAGGCGGUGGGAGAUUGAGGCAUUUGUCCAACUUCUCCAGGAUAUUCGUUCGGCCAUUGGCACCGACAAGCUGCUCUCGGUCGCGGUCCCUGGCCUCGAGCGCGAUCUCAUGGCUUACACGCCCGAGACAGUGCCCCGAAUUUCUCAGGCUGUCGAUUUCAUCAACGUUAUGGCCUACGACUUGAUGAACAGGCGGGAUACCGUCGUCAAGCACCACAGCGGCGUUGCCGACACCAGAGAUGCCCUUCAGCGCUACGUCCAGCGAGGAGCGCCACCACGGAUGCUAAACCUCGGGCUAGGAUAUUACGUCAAGGCGUUCAUGACGCAAGAGUGCGGCCCCGACCCCAUCGGCUGCCCGACGCAGCUGCUCGAGGACCCCAAGACGGGCGCCGAUCUGGGCCGGACCGCAGGCUUUAGCUGGCACGACGAGACGCCCAAGGAGCUCGUGCAAUCGUUCCGCCGUGCCUUGGAUGACGGAUUCUACGAUGACGACGGCAGCUAUGGCUACUGGGACGGUCAGGAGAAGCGGUGGUGGACAUUCGACACGCCGCUCGUCAUUGAACGAAAGCUCCAUCAGGUCUUGGCACCGAUGGGAUACGGAGGAGUCUUUGCCUGGGGUCUGGGCGAGGACGCACCCAAGUUUGCGAAUUUGGCGGCCACGAUAAAUGCUCUCCGGGCCGUUCAGUCCAACAUGACAAAGGACGAACUUUAG